CACUAUCCAAAAAACCAAACUUUCCAUAAUUUCCAACCACCCCAUUUUCCAUUUCUAUCAAAAUUCAUCAAUGGCUUCAGUGAUCAUGUCAUUUGCACCAGCAACAGGUAGAGUCUUUGCAGCAACAGCAGCAAAAGGUGCUUCUGGUGGCAACAAAGAAGAGAAGGGUUUGCUUGAUUGGAUCCUUGGCAAUUUGCAGAAGGAAGAUCAGCUUCUUGAAACUGAUCCAAUUCUCAAGAAGGUUGAGGACAAGAGUGGCGGAGGAACCACUAAUGGCGGCCGCAGGAACUCCGUCGCCGUGCCGCAGAAGAACAUCAUCUUAGCAACUUCAAAAGUCGGAUGUAUCUAG